UAAAAUGAAUCGUUCAUCAAAGUCUGUAAACACUUUUAUGGAUGUCUGAAAACUUAUGAGCAUUACAGAUGUCUUAAAGGCUUGUCUAUUUCAUUUUCGUUCGUUCCAAAGUCAUUUUAGAAACUAAAACAAGUCUUCGGAUGAUGCUCAUUUCGACCCCAGUCGUGUUGGCUGCGUUUAUUUUCUGAACAAAAGCUGAAGUUGGAUAUUUUUCUACUUCAGUUGAUUUUUUUCUUCACUUCGAUCAAUUUUAAUUUUGGAAAAAUGAUUUUAAAAGUGCACCGUGCCCAUAGUUACGAAGGGCAUUUUCCGGAUUUGAGGGAACCCUCCGAAAUCGGUGGUUUUUCCCUGGACUUCGAUCGUCAGUUCUGUGACGACAAGCACCAGCUCAAGUACGUGUCCCUGCCUCGCUCACCUCAAGUGCAUUUCGAUCUGAGUGCUGGCUACGAACAGGCCAUCAGAAAAGAAUUUGGUAAGACCGAAAACAUCGACUCCCUCCUACACUGGGUGCUGAAUCAUCAGGAAGAUGUCCAGCACCACUUCCCCAAUCGAACGAAUAAAUCGGGCGUGGACUUCGUGUGCUACAGGGGACUGCUGACGAAACUGUGCUGCACUGUGUACGAGAACCGCGAAGACUGGUUGGUCUGUGCAACGCGGUAUCGGUCGGUCGUGUACCUGGUGGCAUUCGACACCGAGCAAGACGUGGAGAGGAGGGACUCUAUGACCGAGAGGGACCGCCUCAUGAGCGCCUGGGGGUACAAGUUCGAGCAGUACGUCACAUCCGAUGCACCGGGCUCUGCUCCCGAUCCGUCCGUCCCAGUCAACGAGAAGGAGGAGUUCAAUGCGGUGAUGAAGGGCCGCCUCAACGGCCACGCCCUCCUCUUCAGUGCUGAGGUGGAUGGCGUAGACCCCGCCCACAUAGGCAGAGACCCCGCCUCCAUGGGUAAAUACGUCGAAUUCAAGACGUCGCGGAUCAUCGAGACCGAGAGACAAAGGAGGAGCUUUUGCAGGUUCAAGCUGUUGAAAUGGUGGCUACAGUCUUUUCUGGCGGGAAUACCCAAAAUCGUCUGUGGGUUUCGAGACGAUGACGGGAUCGUCCGAACCUUGGAAGAGUUCCCAGUCAGAGAUAUUCCCAAGAUGGCGCAGGGCCAGUGGUCUCCUGCUGCCUGCCUCAACUUUCUGUCUCUCUUCUUUGAUCACGUGAACAAGUGCGUCACCAAGGAUGAUCCCAAUGUUGUUUACCAGUUCCGUUGGAGUCCGAGGCAGGACAUCACUUGCGAAGAGCUGACGCCCCCGCACAAGUACCAGAUCCUCCCCGAUUGGUACGUGGGCAACGUCCAUUUUUGACCUUCCACGAGACGGAUUAUCCGAGUGCCGAUGAACCGGAGCAUCUGUUAACCGAAAGCAAUUCUAUCACUGAUUAAGGCGAUAGUGAUGUUAAACUGACAAUCAUGGCCAAUCAUGGUCUGGCUUGUGGAGCCAGAGACUUCCUUUUUUUUAUGAACGAAAGUGGCUCAUUGCUUUGGGAUUGUGUUCAAACUUUAAGGCCCACAGGGAAACACCUGAAAGAACGGGGAAAAUGCAGGGAAAUCAAAAUUCAGCAAAAAAAAAAAAAAAAAAAACAGGGAAAAUAUCUGGUUUUAUGAAAUUUUCUUUCAAAACUUGGAAAGGGCAAGGAAUUUUAUCUUGUUUUUACUAUUUUUAUCAUGAAAUAGCAGAAAUCAAUGCCCUAAAUUAAACUAUCAAAUAAUGAUAAUCAAUAAACUAUCAAAUAAUUAUAAAAAAAUGGUAAUUUUACUUUUUUUUAUUGAAGUAAAUAUUAAAAUGUGUAUCAUAAAAACAAAUUAUGUUUUAUUUUACAUAAAUCUUGAAUUAAAUGCUAAUUUAAUUUAGAGAGCAUGAGGUUGGUAUCAGUUUUUGUUGUUCUGCUCAACUUUUUUUUUUAUUUAAAAGGUCCGAAUGGUUAAAAUAAGUCUUUUUUUUAUUACUAAGUUAAAUGUGAACCAUACUCUUAUUUCUAUUUUAACGAAUUCUUUACUUCUCCCCCCCCCCUUUUUUUUGUGAUGAAACUAUCAGGAUAUUAAUGUUUUUAGUUUUAUGUUAAUAGGAUAAAUUAUCACAAGCUGUUCAUUAAAUGUAGAGUGCAAACUCAUUUCACAGUGGAUUAUCACACUUUAACAUCUCAAAGUAUUUUAAUUUGUUUACAAAAAUAUUUUA